GAAUUCCACACAAUAGUCAAUGAAGCAGCUGGCAUCGUCUUGUUCUCUUUUGGUUCGGUAGCGCCCAGUCAAAAAAUGCCAGCCAGUUGGAAAAUGGCUUUUAUUGAAGCAUUCGAAAGAUUUCCGAAUUAUCACUUUAUCUGGAGAUACGUUGGUAUAGACUUGCAAGACAAACUUCCAACAAAUGUGCACAUUUUCAAAUGGCUCCCACAAUCAGAUCUCUUACAAAAUCCCAAAACCAAGGCUUUUAUAAGUCAUGGAGGAUAUAAUAGUUUGCAGGAAGCAAUUUCCGCAGGCGUACCAUUAAUCACCAUCCCUCUCUUUGGUGACCAACCAAGGAACGCCAGAUUGGCUGAAAGACAUCAUUUUGCAAUUAGGAUUCACAAAAACGAGGUCAGCGUGGAUACGGUAGCAGAUGCAAUAAGUAGAGUGCUUACUGAUGAGAGUUAUUCCAAAAAUAUAAAACGACUAUCGCGGAUGGUUAGGAAGAAACCUGUGAGCGUCAGCCAUCUUCUGGUUUCUUGGGCUAAUUUUGUCGCCGAAUUCAAAGCUUUGGAUAAUCUUGUGCCAGCAGGAAAUAAACUCAACUUUAUUCAGUAUUACUCUCUUGAUGUCAUUGCUUUCUUGUCUAUUGUUGCUGCACUUAUUCUCUUGAUCACUUAUGCUAUUUCGAAAAUUGCAAUGAUGAAAACCGCUAGCAGUGAUGGCGUUUGUGAACCAAAAGAUUUAAUCGCCUGCCAACUUUUCAGCUUCUUCUCACGUUUUCAAGUAACGUCCGUAUUUGGUACCAUACUAUAUAUGCCAUAUAUUACAUAA